AUGGCUGAGUGGCCUCCACAAUUCACGCGGCCCGGGGCACUCAGCUUGGGCACCGAAAAUAAGCCUUAUAUCGAAUCCCUGGAUGAGGUGGAGGAUGACGACGAUGAAAACAGCGACCUAGUCGAAGAGGAGAUUCAGGAAGAAGGUCAACGAGAGCCCGAUGAAGAGGGAAGUGACAUCGGAAAAGUGAUGCGAUACGGCCAAGGGCCUGGUGGUUGCCUGCCGCAGGCAACUAAAGUGGAGGACUUUUGCCAAGGGGUCCCCAACGCGAGCCUAACGACUCUCCGAUCCGGGAGUAGAGGACCAGCCUUGCCGGCCGUUGCAUGGUUACAUGAGAGAGGCUGUCGAGGUGCAAGGUCUGACAAGGGGCCGUUGACGGCAAAUGGGCUUUACAAGUGUUUGAGAGAACCACGCUUUCGGCUCUUGGGACCCAAUCGUUCAUCCAGCCCUUCGACUUGCCCCACUUGGGAACUAAGAGGCCUAGACUCCGAACGGACCAGCUCGAGCGAGAUACACCAGGAGGAACCCGAUGCAGAACGACGAUGGAUAUUCAUCACCGACCUAGAUCCAUGGAGCAUCCUGGCCCUCAUCGGGACAGCGUCCAAAAACCAAAUCCCCCACCUUCAGGCUGCAAUCUACAAACACCUGGUAUUUGAACCGUCUUUUGGCUUUGACAUCCCUCCUGACGGCCACUUCAUGUUCCGGUUGGCCUUCUACUUGCCCUACUACGCCUUGAGGGUUUCGAAGGAGCCCCGAAAUGACCCUCGCAUGUAUGGCAAUGGGAACCCUUUGAGGGGGCAUACCGACAUCUCAUUUCUCGAAUCGAAGCACUCUGAACUGCCCACGUUCCUGUAUGAGGCCCAAAUCUCUUGCGUCGUUGCGGGGUCCGACGAAUGGACAUGGAUUGCGUACUGCUUUGUCGACACGUACUUCGACGCCGAGCAUGAUCGCGAAACGGUAUCCUCAUACUACAAAACCGGUUCGGUGGACCAGGGGAUAACUCAGGACCCGUUGACACGGGGCUUGACUCUCGCAGACGGAAAUUUUCAAAAUCCCAGAGAAUAUUUCCUCACCGUCAUGAGAUAUCGUCUUGAGCAAAUUCAGAAUGAAUGGACGCAAGUGGUGGACAAACUGAACACCGGUAUCCGGGAACAGGAACAGAUCCUCCUAUCCGGCUCGAGAAGACCAUGCUUGUCCAAAUCUCGAGACUUCGUUACGAAGGUGCAAUUGCUCUCGAAGAAGUUAUUAUUUGAUCUCUCCAAUACUGUCGAUUCCUGUGAGGAGUUUUGCCGUCAGCCAGCACUCGAUUUCCAGAGCGCUUCUGAAUCAACGGAUCGGCGUCCUUUGCUCAACCCCAUCAGGUCCAUCCUGAAUGAAUUGAGAUUACGGAAAAAAACACUCGAGUCCAUGGCCGACAAGGCGGACAAUAUCACCAAGGCCCUUGAAGUCCACCUCAACACCGAAACAAUUCAGGUGGGGCACUUAUCAGUGACCACGAUGCUAUUCAUCUCCCCGAUAGCACUGGCGGCGGGGAUCUUUUCGAUGAAUGACAGAGUCAUACCCAUACCCCUGAACUUCAGAUCAUUUCUGUGUAUAUUAUUGGCUUUUGGCGCUAUGGCGUUUGUGAUUCAUCUGAUCCAGUCAGAUCGACUUUUCUUUCCACGAGAUAUGGUGCUUUGGGCUAGACAUAUGUGCUGGGAGUUCAAAUUGCCGGUACCAGAUCUUCGAGUUAUACGGCUUCCUCGACUUCCUAUGGUUGGGAAAUCCACUGGAAAGAGUCCUGAAGAUGAAGAGAGCCGAGGUGACCGAGCUUCAAUGAAGUGA